AUGAUGAUAAAAUUUCUGAAAGAGUACUAUUCCAGGAGCAAAGAUAGCAGCAAACAAUCUGGACUAUUCCUGACGAAGUCUGAAAGGGUUUAUUUUGUGAAUACCAUACUGAAGUUAAUUGAUCGUGGCCAAUAUAGCAAAAAUGAGCACUUAUCUGAAACAGUAGCAACUGCAACAUCUAUCUUGUCAUAUGUUGAGCCAUCUUUGGUUUUACCUUUUCUAGCAUCUAGGUUCUACAUGGCUUUGGAGACAAUGACAGCGACACACCAGUUGAAGAGUACCGUGGCAUCUGUAGCAUUCGCCGGAAGAUCACUGUUCCUUGCCUCUUUAACAGCUUUGCCUAUGGACAAUGGAUCUGAUUCAUUUGCUGAGAGUGCCGUGGCAUCUGUAGCAUUCGCCAGAAGAUCACUGCUCCUUACCUCUUUAACAGCUUUGCCUAUGGACAAUGGAUCUGAUCCAUAUGCUAAUUUACUGAUGACAUCUUUAUCUAAUGCUCUGCUUGGAAUGAAGGCACUCAUAUACCAUCAACUUCAGGGACUGACUUUCCUGGUGAAGGAGGGGCCAUACUACUUUUGUAUGCUAGAAAUAUUGCUUGGGAGGCUCUCGGCUUCUCUGUACAUGCAGGCUCUCAAGAAAAUUUCCGAGUUUGUCACGACAAGUAUUCUUCCUGGAGCAAUAGCAGAAAUCGGACUACUUUGCAGUGCAUGUGUUCAUUCAAAUCCACAAGAUGCAAUCUUUCAACUAAUCAAACCAAUUUUAGAGUCAGUUACCACUUCUUUGGAAGGGACACCUAAAACAGGUUACAGAAAGAGAGCAACUUCUAAUGCGUCGUCCUCAAGAAAGGAAAAAUCAAUUCUAUCACCAGCUCUUGAAACUGCUAUUGAGUAUCAGUUAAAAGUACUCUCAGAGGCAAUCAGUAAUGGAGGUCCAGCACUUUUAUCUUACAGAGAGCAAUUCAAAGAAGUUCUUAGUUCUGCAUUUGAUUCAACAUCUUGGAAGGAGACGAGAAAGAUCACUCUAAAGUUACUCUUCAACAAGUUAACUCUUCAUUACAAGGAGAUGAGAAAGAUCAAUUUAAAGUGUCUUCUACAGGUUUACUCUUCAUUACAAGGUGUGUUAUCAUGUUUACCUGAUUUCAGGCCGUCCUCUGAGAAUGGGAUGGUUAAAGAGGCAGGAGCUUCUCCUUUUCUGAUUGCUGGGGCAACAGGCUCAUGUGUUGGCAGCACAGAAUUACGGGAAAUGGCUGCUGGAGUCAUCUAUGAAACCUGCAAAUAUUUGUUGAAGGUGAAGUCUGAUGAUAGCAUUUUAUUGCUACUUGUCAUUCGUAUAAUGGAUACAUUAGGAAAUCAUGGAAAUGCUGAAUAUGAAGAGUGGUAUAAUCACAGGCAGGCCCUUGAAUCUACUGUUGUAGUAGAGCCUCCAGUUAAUUUUAUCGUCUCAUCACAUUUAAAAGGAAAACGAAGGCCUAGGUGGGCCCUAACAGAGAAAGCUUAUAUGCAUAAUACUUGGAGAUCAUCACAGUCAUCAUAUCAUUUGUUCCGUACCAGCAGGAACAUGUUUGCAUCCAAACAUGUCACAGUUCUAAUGGACGACCUACUUAAACUUUGUUUAUAUAGUUAUGAAAGUGUGAGAUGGCUUGCUGCGCAAUGUAUCCUGAAGUUGAUGAAAAGAUGGCCGUCAACAAUUUCAAAGUAUGGUUGCCGAAGCAUGUUACUCUGCUGGCCCGUUCCAUCGCCUUUGAAAUCCACUGUUACUAAAGCGGUUGCUGAAUUCCGACGUACCCAUGCAGACACUUGCCAUGUAAAUAAAGAAUCAUUUGACGAAUACCAACUAGAGGUCCUUGCUGAUGCAUCUUCUUCAUAUUCAUACUUUGCUUAAUCUAGUGUUUCCCAACGACAAUAGCAAAUAACAUUUCCCUAGAGACUAUUUGUAUUGUAAACUCCAUACUGUCAGUAAUAAUAAUUCUGUUAUAUUUGUAAUCUACCUAUUCUCUAGGGGGUGUUCGGUUUGCAAGAUUGUAUUCAGGAUUAAAUUUGUAAU